AUGUUAAUUGACCAACCGAUCAAAGUGGCUUUUGCCACUGUGUAUAACAUAUUGAGUAAUCUUCUAUUAUCGAGUGAUUUUAUGAGCUUUGAGAAGGAGAUUGUGGAUGGAGGGAUGAAGGCUCUUUUGGACAAAUAUGUUGAGGUGAUUGGAGCUCUAAAUGUAUCCGACUUGUAUCCAAUUUUAGGUGCAUUAGAUCUUCAGGGUAUAAACAAGAAGACAAUGGAAGUGUUUAUGAGCAUCUGUGCCAUGUGGGAGCCCAUUAUCAAAGACAGAAGACAAGGAAGCAGAGGCAAUGCUUCAAGCCAAACGGACUUCUUGGGCGCCCUCAUUGACAUUUCUUGCACCGAUGAACAAAUCAAUUAUCUGCUCCUGGAGAUAUUCGCUUCUAGUGCCAAUGCGAUUGAGUGGGCGAUGGCAGAACUGAUAGAAAGUCCAGAAUCCAUGAAGAAAGUCCGCGAACAAAUGACGAGAGAAAUCAAACAAGAUGUGCUAAAAGAAUCCCAUCUACCUCAGCUACAUUACCUCAAGCUGUUUUCAAAGAAACUCUGA